AUGCCCGUAUUGGUCGCCCCCUGUGUUGCCGUGCCCGUCAAGACCGCACCACUCAAGGACAUGACAGUCGCUGGCUCCGACACAGCAGCCAAAGGCAAGCAAUUGGUUACUACAACCAAGACGACUGCCGCCAUCAAGGGCACAUCUUCCAAGACGGUGACAAAGACUGUUUCCAAGGCAGCAUCUUCGGUUGCAAAAGUACCCUCAAAGCCUCCCUCUGCACCCGGAACAUCAGCAUCGAAGGCCCCACCCUCCAAACCAUCCUCUUCAACACCAGCAAAGUCCUCCACCUCCAAAACAUCCAAGAAAUCUUCUUCUCAAGCUGCUGCAACUGCAGAAAAGACUUCUGCCACUGUGGUUGCAACCAAGACUGUAGUCUCUGCCUCUACCUCUUGCAGCAAGAAGUCUUGCGCCAGUGCAGCAAAAGCAUCCACAACCUCUUCCAAAUCUACACCAAGUCAAAAAGCAGCAAAAUUGAAAGCGGUAACUGCACCAACCCUUCCUCUGCCAGGCAUGAAAUACAUCUACCCUAAACACCAUACCUGUCUUCACAUCAUCCUGCGCACCAAAGUCUGGGAAACCUCCCCUGUGCCUUCCAACCUGGUAGCCAAGACUUUCUACGUCCCUUGUGUGAUGAGCAUCGCAGAACUGAUUGAGCAGUUGAUGGGUGUAGAAGGAGAUAAAUGUAAGGGUUGGGCACUUACAGAGGUUCAAGAAAAGGGAGAUGGGGCUUUUGUUAAGGGGGGAUGUGUGGAGUUUGGGUCUGAGAAGGCGAAGAGGGUGCUCGGAGAUGUGGGUUGGAAUGAGAAGAUGGGGGUUGAGAGACCGCCUGUUUGGAUGGUUUUGCACAAGGUCUGA